GUCUGUAGCCGCUGCGGGUGGAUUGGUCGCUCGCUUAGCACCAUCCACUGUCAGAGUGAGAACAGCAGACACAAUCCCACCGGCUCUGGGCAGGGAGAUACUGUAUCUAACUGCUGCUGAGAGAGGGAUAUGCUGUUUCCUACUAGCACCGAUGGAGGGAUAUAUCGUAUCCUACUGCCAUUGCGGGACGUGUUGUAGCUCACUGCCUCAGUGAGAAGGACAUACUCUAUCCCUCUGCCUGUAAGAGAGGCAAACAGUAUCCCACUGCCUCUGAGAGUGGAAUAUAUUGUAUCCCACUUCCUUGGUGAGAAGGACAUAACCCACUGCUUCAGCGAGAAGGAUAUUGUCCCGUUAUCUCAACGAGAGGGACAUAUUGUAUCUUAUUGCCUCUUCGAGAGGACAUUGUCUCACUCCCUCAGUGUGAGGCUCACUGUUCCACUACCUCAGUGAGAGGCCGCCGAUCCGCUGGCUCUCUGAGAGGAUUACUGUCCCGCUGCCUCAGUGAAAGAACGCAUUUGCAUUGCAUUUCAGCUCAGACUCCACCAGAUUUUCCCGCAGUCACAGCCGCCUGGUCUGCCAAAGUUAGCUGGUGCACAGGGGGAGAAGGAGGAGGACGAUGUUGCCGCUGCUGGAGGCUGGCACGUCUCUGAUAGGAAAUGCCGUGGAAAGGGUGGUGGAGGGCAGCUUGACAUCCACGGUGCUGGUCACUUCAGCUUUUAUCUUGAGUGUGGCAUAUUUCUCAAAAAUGACUUUAAAACAGGCGGAAGAUCAGAAGGGUUUGAAAUACCCACCUUAUAUUCAUUCCAGUAUCCCAUUCCUUGGACAUGCAAUUGCUUUUGGAAGAAGUCCAAUUGAAUUCUUAGAAAAUGCAUACUAUAAGUAUGGUCCAGUGUUUAGUUUUACAAUGGUUGGGAAGACAUUUACCUAUUUGCUGGGGAGUGACUCGGCAGCUUUGCUGUUCAACAGUAAAAACGAAGAUCUGAAUGCUGAGGAUGUUUACUCCAGGCUGACAACACCAGUUUUUGGCAAAGGAGUUGCUUAUGAUGUCCCAAACCCAGUAUUUUUGGAACAAAAGAAGAUGCUCAAAACUGGUCUGAACAUUGCUCAAUUUAAACAGUACAUCUCUCUCAUUGAAGAGGAAACCCAUGAGUAUUUUAAACGCUGGGGUGAUAGUGGAGUUAAAAAUUUGUUUGAGGCUUUGUCUGAACUGAUCAUUUUAACAGCUAGUUGUUGCUUACAUGGGAAAGAGAUACGAAACCUGCUGAAUGAACAGAUUGCACAGCUCUAUGCUGACCUCGAUGGUGGAUUUACCCAUGCUGCUUGGCUUCUUCCUGGUUGGUUACCGCUUCCCAGUUUUAGGCGGAGGGACAGAGCACACCGAGAAAUCAAGAACAUCUUCUUUAAGGUAAUCCAGAAACGGAGGGGUUCAUGUGAGAAGGCGAAUGACAUACUGCAGACCUUAUUGGAGGCUACCUACAAGGACGGUACCCCUCUAACCGAUGAUGAAAUUGCAGGCUUGCUUAUUGGUCUACUGUUGGCAGGGCAACAUACUUCCUCCACUACUAGUGCCUGGAUGGGAUUUUUCUUGGCUAAAGACAAAGAGCUUCAGGAACGUUGUUAUGCAGAGCAGAAAGCUGUAUGUGGAGAGGAUUUGCCACCACUACAGUAUGAUCAGCUGAAGGACAUGAAUUUGUUGGAUCGCUGUUUAAAAGAAACACUGAGGCUCCGUCCUCCAAUAAUGACGAUGAUGAGGAUGGCAAGAACACCACAGGCUGUAGCUGGUUACACCAUUCCUCCUGGUCACCAAGUGUGUGUGUCUCCUACUGUCAACCAUAGACUUCGGGACACCUGGACUGAGCGGCUUGAUUUCAACCCAGAUCGCUUUCUCCAAGAUAACCCAGCAGCCCAGCAGAAGUUUGCAUAUGUACCUUUUGGUGCAGGUCGCCAUCGGUGUAUUGGAGAAAAUUUUGCAUUUGUACAGAUCAAGACUAUCUGGUCCACUUUAAUUCGGUUGUACGAAUUUGAUCUUCUUGAUGGAUACUUUCCAACAGUAAAUUACACAACUAUGAUACAUACCCCUAAUAAUCCAGUAAUCAGCUACAAGAGGAGAAUACAAUGAAAACUGAACUAAUAAAAGUAAUUUUUGUUGUAUUCAGUCACUCAUUUAGGUUUUGGCCCUAAAAUUUAUCUCAUUGAUCUAUUAUAGGUAUACCACUAAAAUUUAAAUGAGAUCAUUUAGUACUGACUAGUUAUUACAUGCAAGAUGGUACUGUAAGCCCAUUAAUUUCAUUUUUAGAAUUUAAAUCCCAACUGCUAAGAGGCUUUUCCAGCUUGCUUCUUGAAGAGUAAUAUCCCUUAUGCUGGGAUUCUGAAUCCUUCUCUUAUUAAACAAAAUCAAAUCUAAUUAGACUUCAAAACAACAUAUCAGGUUUUUUAGUCAAUUACAUGCUUUUUUGGUUCAUUAAUAAAUUGAAAAAAUGAAUCUGGGUCCUGUUUCCUUUGGCAGUACAGAAUCAUCAGAAAUUAAGCAGCGUAUUCAGGUCACUUGUAUUUUUGAUUCCCUGCAGUAUAAUUAUGCCCCAAAUUCAAAUAUGAAAUUUUGUAAUAUCAUUUGACAAUUUACACUAAUUUCCCUUGUGACAAUUAUUUUUAAAUAAGUACAUUGAGGAAAUAUAAUUUUUUUUGUGGUUUUCUUACGUUGAAAGUGUGGAAACGGGGUUCUAACAUGAAUAUUAGAAUGGGUAAACUGAUAUUCAUUUAAUUUAUAAUUGUUGAAAUGAUGAUCAGAUUUGGGCAAAUUUAGGUAUCUCUGUCGAGAGGCUACAUACUGUGUUGAAAGUUUGAACCAUUUUGACCCCAGCCUCAAGUCGGGCAUCACAAUUUAUAGCUUCAGCUGUCUCAUUUGCUUGUAAUGUUGGAUAAAAUGAACAAUUGUCUAAUGUGACCAGAUAUUUUGUGAUUAAUGCAAGUUGUUGCAGUAUGACUAUCUGACUGUUUUAAGAAUGUGCCCUUGAAGUAAAGUCCACUACUUAAAUAUUGAAAGUUAAAUUGUUUCUUGCAGUAAAUUCAGCGAAUCUACUGAUAGCUUGUUUAGUAUUGGUAUUUAUGAUAGGUGGCACUUCUUUAGCUGGAGAAAUAAACUUUACAUGGCUGAGGAUUCAGCCCGAUAAGAACAGACACUGGAUUUAUGAAGAUUAGAGUAAAUUUGUGCUUUUAGAAUGAAACAAUGGUGUUCUAAGCAAAGGAAAGUUCUUUAAUUCACCACACUUUCCAUUGCUAAACACCGGCUCUGAUGCUCCCUAUGAUUUAACGUAAAAUGGCUCUACACACGGCAGUUAAGUGCACAGGUUAUAUAGGUGCUUUAUAUCCAAGUCCAGGUUGGGAAUUUCCUUAGUCAAACGAUCCAAACAAUACAAUUACUUUGUGACGUGUAAUAUUGUUUGUGCUGGAGGUAGCGUUUGCAGUUUUAAAAUAAGUAUUCAAGGGGUGAGUAUUUCAUUGGCUGACCUAGCAUUUUUGCCCAUCUAGUUGCCCUUAAGAUGGUGAUGGUUAGCUGCCUUCUUGGACCACUGCAAUUCAUUUGGUGUAGAUAUACACACCCACAAUGCCAUUAGAUUGGUAAAUGCUUUCUUUCAAGCUAAGUGUAGUCAGACACAUUUACCACUGUGGAUACGGUGAGACGAGCUGAAUUGCUUGUGCAGAGAACCAACUCAGACUAGAUGGGCCAAGUGGCCUCUUUGUGUGCUGUAACCAUUUCAUGACUGCAUUUAAUAUACCUACUCCAUUCACAGCCACUACCAUCUAGAAAGGGCAGUAGAUACCCAGAAACACUCUGACGUUCAACUUCCAUCAAGCUGAUCAAUAUUUUGUCAGUGUCACUUGGUCAAAAUCUAGAAUGUCUUCCCUAAUGGCAUUGUGGGUCAGUUACACCAUUGGGACUGCAGUGAUUCAAAAAAGCAGCUUAUCACCAUCUUUUCAAUAGCAAUUAGGAACAGAUAAAAAAAAAUCUUAUCUGAGCCCGUGAUGCCUGCGUCCAGUGAAUAAAUUACUAAAACUGUAAUUUAGUUACUCUUUAAUACAGUUACUCUUUGCCUAAAUUUCAUUGUCCUGGUUUUACUGGCUGAUGAUUAUGAGGGGUGGCAAUGGCAUUGCCACUGGACUAAUAAACAUAAGACCAAGGCUGAUGCUGUGGGAACAUGAUUUUGAAUCCUAUGGAUGAAAGUUAAAUCAAUCAAUGAAAAUAUAGAUUUUAAAAAAAAACAGCCUAAUGGAAAAUAUAUAGCCAUGAAGUUAUUAAAACCUGAUCUGGUUCAUUAAUGUCCUUAAAACAAGGAAAUCUGUCAUCAUUACUUGGUUGAACCCACGUGACUUCAAUCUGAAGUAGUUACUUCAAGUCGCAACCAGGAAUGGGCAGUAAAUACUGCCCAAUCAGCAAUGCCAAUACACCAUAAAAUUUUUAAAAAUGGCAUUAAAUGACCUAUAAUGUGACACUGAAAUUGCUAACUUCAGCCUUAUUAUUUUAUUCAAAUUUAUCACCACUCUUUAACUCUCCACUAUUUAUAUAAAAAAAGGAUUGGAUUGUUACAUGCAUUUUCAUGGAAUUAUGUAUUCGAUAGCCCAAGUUUCUCUGUUCAUCCAUCCUUUGAGCACUCUCAUUCCUAUGUUGCCCGAGUGCUAUUGAUUGCAACAAUCCAACUUACUUUUUACAAUAGUGAAGGGACAGUGUGCAGCAGGGUAAGCUUUGCAAUUACUUACACCAGGUUAUUAACUUAGCCAGAAAUGCAAAACAACAUUUUGUGUUUGCCAUUUCAAGAGCUUAGCUGAACACGUCCAGGGGCCUGUUCUAUGUUCUAUGCUUUAUAUCACCACAAUAUAGAGGAAAUGGAUCCAAGAUCAGAAAUAAAAAUAGUGCUGUAGAUAUAAACAAAUCAGGCAGUAUGUUAGAGAGUAACAUCUCAGAUGUUGCCAAAUCUGUUACCUGCAUUUUCAGUUUUAUUUCAUAUUUACAACAUCUGUAGUAUUUUGCUUUUGUUCCAAUAAAAACAUUUUUACAAAUGCCAAGCCAUUUGGCCAAACGCUGCAGCAGAGUGACGGCAUUCAAAGUUAGUUGCACAAAUUAAAUAGAUAAGUUAAGUUAAGGAAUAACAAAGUUUAAUGUAGAUAAAUGUAAAGCAACAUGCAUUGUUACAGGAAAUAUGAAACUGGCAUACAAUACACAGAUGCUAUUUUGAAACAUUACUUUUGUAGUUCAGCCACUUAACAGGCAAACAACGAGAUGAAUAAUCAUGUGUCCUGGUGGCAUUUAUGAACAAACAUUGGCCAGGGUAACAGGAAACAUUAUUCUUCUUUUUGGGCUGCUUGACCAUCUAAAUAAGCAGAUGAUAUCUUGGUUUAAAUUCACAGUCAGAUUGCUGCUCAUUUCAGUUGGAUUCUUUAACAUUCACUAAAAUAAGCCAGUUAACCCAGCUUCAGAUAAAUAAUCAUCAAUAAGACUAACGAAGUAGUGGAAAAUACUGGCAAUAUUUGACCAUGCUCAUUUAAAUCUAAUUGCAAAAAUGGGCACAUUUUAAUUUCAGUUGCUCCAACUUUAGAAACCCAGUUGAUGCAUUUGACAGAGUUCAGCAAAAUUAUGAGGAUAUAUUUAAAGAAUUUAAUGGACUAAAAUCCUCCCUUAGUCAAGGUCCCAGCAGCUGCCCAGAAAGUAGGAAAAACUGGGACAUAUUCAUCUGCAAUACUCAGCUUUAAACCACCGGGAAAGUUGAUUUGGUAUUUUAAAUACUGAAAACCCCAAGUAAUUUGUAUGGUGGGAGGUUAUUUGUGACUUCCAGUACUACAGCAUAUUUGUAUAAACCUGGCAAACCUCAGUACAGCUAAUUCAUAUUAGAAUAAAAUUUUAACACUGCUUUUCCUGAGUAGAUCUUUUAGUGCAAUGAAGGUUUUUUUUUAAGAAAAGAGCAAGAAUAUAAGAUUUGAAAGUGUUUGAUGAAUUCACUCCUUCCAAUAGGUUGGAAAAAUGUAGUUAAAGGCAGCAUUAACUGUUUUAAGGCUACAUAUAGAAAUUGUUUAACAAAUACGCUGGAACUUCAAUUUCAGCUUUGAAAUGAUGAUAUAAUUUAUGAAAUUCUAUUUGUGUUCGAUAAGGCAGAAUGUGAUGUUAAGACUACCUCCCCGGAGGUUUCGUUAAAUUAAUCUGAAUUAAGAGAAAUUUCAGAUAACUGUUCGAAAUCUUAUCAGCUGUUAUCUGCAUCCCUCAAGAAUUAAACGAUUUGGAUUACAUUCACAAAG